AUGAGUAAACAAAGCGCACAACUCGAGCGGUACGGGGGCGGGGAAACCGAUGACUAUUCAAGUGACUCAGAUGUUUAUAGUGAUAAUAUAUAUCCGAAAGUGGAUCAGAGAAUUGCAGUGACUAUGGUUCCGAUUACGAAUCAGAUAAUGAAACAAAUACUAUUGA